AAGCAUUGGGAUGCCAAACCUUGGAAGCCAUAUUUCUUGCCUAUCGCGUUUGUCGAACAUUUUGUUAUGCUGGCGCCAAUUUGUAAAUGUAUUGCCCUUUUGCGCAAAUACUGUUUAUGUUCAUGUGCAUGCGUUAAAAAUAUGAAAUACGAAAAUACAAAACAAAUCUCUUAGUAUAAAAUAUUUUAUGAUAUCAUAAUGUAUCAUUGAAGGCGAAUACUUAAUAAAGCAUGAUAAUCUAUGUUCUUCCGGGGAAAGGGGAACCAUUGUAUCAAUUAUUGAUUUUAUGUAGUUGCAUUUUUGUAUGUCCUGUUUUUUGCUUGAAAAGGUAAUGUUUUGUUGAAAGUUUUCGUAGCAUUCAUGAAGAUAUUGACGAGAUAGCGAUAAUUUACUCAGAUGACAUAAGUUGUUUUGACAAAUACCGAAAUUUUUGAUUACUCAAACCUAACCUCAAAUAUUGGUUGUAAUUCUAGCUUACCUCCUAACAACAUUAUCAAAAUAUCUGUAUAAUACUUCAGUGUGUGCUCAAAUGGAGUAGUUAGAUUUCAGUAUCAACAUUAGUUAGAAUCAAAAGGCUUCUGGAGAAUUUUGGACAUCAGCAAAUUGCUGCAUAAGAUUGUUUGCAUGAGGAACUAAUCUACACCUGCCAAUAAUAAAUGUAACUUGCUGAAUGUGUACCUUGAACUAAAUGUGGUGCCAAAUCAAUGUUAUGGUUGAUUUAUAUUAAUGAUGAACUCUAACGGAAAUCAAAGUAAUUCAGAACAGAUAACUAUGGUUGUAAGUUCACCAGGUGAAAUGUCGGUUGCAUCUGACGAUGAUGAUGACAAUAUGCCAUCUUCUCCUGGCUCAGGUUAUGAGGAAAGUCAUGAUUUACUGGCAGCUGCAAUGGGAGAUGAGGUAACUGCACAGCUUGCUGCAGCUGGUCCAGUGGGUGUUGCUGCAGCAGCGGCCAUAGUCUCUGCUAAAAAACGAAAAAGAUCUUACUCUUUUGAAACGAAUCCCUCUAUCAGAAAACGACAGCAAAAUAGGUUACUAAAAAAAUUACGACAAACUAUCGAUGAAUUCACGACAAGGGUUGGCCAACAGGCUGUAGUUUUAGUGGCGACUCCUGGUAAACCUGUAACAAGUUACAAAGUGUUUGGGGCGAAGCCUCUAGAAGAUGUUAUAAAAAAUUUAAGAGGGAUGGUUAUGGAUGAAUUAGAGAAUGCUCUAGCUCACCAGGCACCUCCUCCAAUUCAAGAUGAUCCCACAUUAUUUGAACUACCACCUCUAAUAAUAGAUGGUAUACCUACACCUGUUGAAAAAAUGACACAAGCACAACUUAGAGCUUUUAUACCUUUAAUGUUGAAGUAUUCAACUGGGAGAGGGAAGCCUGGUUGGGGCAGGGAAAGUACAAGACCUCCUUGGUGGCCAAAAGAAUUGCCAUGGGCGAAUGUACGGAUGGAUGCUAGGAGUGAAAAUGAGAAACAAAAGAUAUCGUGGACACAUGCAUUGAGGCAAAUUGUAAUCAACUGUUACAAAUUCCAUGGAAGAGAAGACUUAUUACCAACAUUCACCGAAGAGGACGACAAGAACAACAUACAAUUACAUACCAAUGGGGCCCAGUAUCUUGCUGAAAGCAACUCGGACGAAGUACACUACAACAUCGCCACGCAGUAUACGCCGACUGUGCUGCACACAAUCACCAAUGCUGAUGGUACGGUUAGCAUCGUUCAGGUCGAUCCGAACAAUCCCAUUAUCACAUUGCCGGAUGGUACAACUGCCCAUGUGCAGGGCAUGGCGACACUCCAGUCGAGUCAGGGAGAGGGAACGCCAGUUCACACUAUCCAAACUAUAACCGAAGGUGGCCAAGCUGGAGAGGUCGUGGAUUUGAAUUCGGUUACCGAAGCCACGCUCAAUUCCGAGGGACAGAUCAUAUUGACAGCUGAAGAUGGACAUGAAUACCCCGUUUCAGUGAGCGGAGUGAUCACCGUUCCUGUUACAGCUUCUAUGUACCAGACAAUGGUAGCCAAUAUACAGCAUCUUCACACGAACAGUGAUGGCACUGUUUGUGUGACGCCAGUUGUUCAAGUUCCAAAAGUUGAGCCAAAUAACGGAGACAGUAUGGAAACAUUAGCAGUUACCCCAAAUAGUUUAACUACACACUCAAUGAUGAUUCAGAGUUCAAGUAGUGACCAACCUCAAGUUUUACAGGUAUUAUCAUUAAAAGAUGCGACUGUUUUAACAAAAGCGAUGCAAGGUAUCACAGAUGUUAAAACCGAGGAAACUAUCAUUAAUGAUCAAUAAGACUUGUUAAUUGAAAGAAUGCUUCAAAUCUAAUUUUUCUAACAUCAAAAAAAUUGCAUCGAUUAAUUUAUGCUUAAAUGUUUUUAUUGAUAAAAAAAUAAUUGGAACUUUUGUACAAUGAAUAACACUACUCUGAUAUCAAUUAAUUGUCGUACUUCUCUUUCCUGAAGUGAAUCUGUAAGAAAUUUCGUUAUUUAUCAGAGAAUCCCUUUAAUUUAUGUGUCGUUUUCAUCAUCAACUGUCUCUAGAUUCGAUUCAGAAAUUUGAAGAAUGAUGAAUUAUUGACUUGAAACUUUUGCUUAUACCGUUUUACCAUCUGGUUAAUGUAUUUUAAACGGAUGGGUAUUGAAUGUUGGUACUUGGAAGUUUAAGAAUAGGGAUACUUAUAAUUUUGAUGAUUCAGAUGAUCAUAUUUAUAUUUAACUUGUGAAGGGGUUGAAAUUUUAACCCCCACAUUUUUAUUUGGUCGAUUCUGGACUUGAAAUCCUGACUGAAACUCAGAUAGUCCCUUCCUCUUAAGACUCUAAAAUAAGUUAUCUUCGAUUGAGAUUCCAAUUCCAAGAUUAAAUCAUUUUUCAGUUCCAAAUAUAUGUAUCUGUACAUAUUUGAAAAAAAAUUGCUGCUUUCUUGAAAAUGUUGAGUGGUCAUGAAUUGUCAGUAUUUGCUUACCAUGGGUUAACAUAAGUAAAUGAUUGGAUGCAAAUUAUUUGAAUUUAGUUAAAACAUAAUCGUUAUCUUCCUUUAUUUAUUUUAUAAUUUCAUUUUUGCAUAAAAUCCUUGGCCUACUAGAAGCCAAAAUAAUUGUAGAUAAUUUCAUAGUAAUUUUAUAAAUUACAAAUUGUUUAUUCUGUAAAAAAAAAUAAAUAAUAUUGAAGAAGAAAAAAGAACUGAACCAUAUUAGUUUGUCAGUAUUUCAAAAUUUCCUAACAGUCCAGCUUUUAUGAAAACACUGUUCAGCUUAAUCAUUGACAAAACUAUAGUUUCAAGUGUAGGACACAAAAACUUUAGUACUUAACAGUACUUGAAUCAAUUUAUGUACUGUUAUCUUCAUUAAUUUGUUAUUCAUCACUGUCUAUAAGACUUAUCAUUUUUUUUUUAAGUAGCUCCUGAAAUUCUCUCUGAGGGCUUAAAAAUCUCUCAUCUAAUCUAAUAAAAUGAUAAUUUUGAUGACACAACAUAUUAAAUUAUGAAUUUAUAAAAUACUUCUUGAAUUUCCAUGUUCAGCAGGAUUUUUUUAGGGGCAAUAUACUAAGGGUUCAAAUAUUUGUGAUAUAAAAAAGUUGGGAAUUUUCGUUGUCAUUAUUUAAAACCUUUGUUAUUUCUGAUUUUCAUUGUUAUCGGCGCAAAUUUAAUUACAAAAAUUUCCAACUUUUGGAGUUUGAAAAACAACUAAGCUCAUUCAUACCAAUCGAAUAAAAAUCUUGUAGGUGAAAGAUUCCAAUUUCAUGGAAAAACCUAUUUUAUUCUGCGAUUAUCUAUUAUUUUAUAUUGAUUUUGCAACCUCAUACAUAAAUAUAUAUAUUUUAUACACAAGUUUUAUCUUUCAUUAUUGAUAGUAAUUUUGUUAUUAAUGGUAUAACACCACUAGUUUCAAGGAUAAUUUACUGUUAAUAUGCUAGUCAAAUGUCGGAAUAAUGUUGAUAUUUCAAUUUCUGAUGUUAUGAUACAGUGACAAAAACUGUACAUAAUCAUAAUUAAAGUUUUCGUUUUUUAUUGAGGGAUAUUCAUUAUUUUAAAAUAAAAUUAUUAAGAUGACGAGCAGGUUAAUUUUUGGGUUAAAGUUUUAAUUUCUGUUGGAGUCUCGGUAAAAUGACUAGAGAACGAAUUGUACAAAUAUGUAUUAUUUUAUAUUUCAAUACUUGAUUUGAAGAUGAUAGUAUUCAAUUUAAGAAAUUUGUUGUUUUACUAUUAUAUUAUGUAAUUUUUUUGCUUGAUUAUGCAGUUUUUGUACUAGAUUUCAAUAUUUGUGUGUGCACAUGUCACCCUUUAAAUGAUUAGUAUAUAGUCGUCGAUGUAAAUAAGUUUUCCUUAGAUAAUAAAUAUUUGGUACAUUGUAAAGUAGCUUUUUUAGAAUUAUACCAAUUGUUAUUUAAGUUUAAUGUCCUAGGUAUGUUGAAAGUAUGUGCACGAAAAAAAUUAGUGUGUUUAAAACAGAAACGGUGGAUUCUGAUAAAAAUAUAUGUUACGUGGUUUCCCUGUUGACGUGCCAUUCAGUUACUUUCACAUUUUCCUGUCUACUUAAUAUUACGUACACAUAUUGUAUUCUCAUUUUCGAAAAUAUGAUGUAUUAAUAAACCAAAUAUUAUAUUUU